AUGUUUGGCAUUAAUUAUGAUGUUGUUGAAUAUUAUUAAUAUGAAAAUAAGACUCAGCUUGAAAAAGAACUUGAAUUAAACAAAGUUGGAAGAUAUGAAUUUAUGCCUGAUGAAAAAUGGAUAAAAUACACAAUUAAUUAAGAGAGAUGCAUUCGUUUAAGCGAUUUAAUUUAUUAUAUUGUAAUAUCAUAUAUAUAUCAAUUAGGAAGAAAAAUUAAUCUAUAUGAGUAUAGGAUAGAUUUUGAAAUUAUGUGAAAAAUUACUUUAAAAGGUAAUUGACUUGAAUGAAAAUUAAAUAGAUCAUAAAUAUUUAAUAUCUUAUAGAAUUUGGCUUAUACUUGAAAAAGAUAGCGAAUUUCUAACUAUCUGCAACUAAAACUUAAAAUAUAGUAUAUCAUUUACUGGAUUUUAAUGUCCUAUCUACGAAACAGGAGAGGAAUAGCAAGUAUCUUCUAAUUCAAUACUUAAAAUUGUAGAUAAAAUAAUAACAGUGUAGAAAGGUUCGAUGCAAGAAAUGAAAGGAUAAAAAUAUUGGUAUAAUUUGAUUUUCUAACCAAUUUUGUAGAAAGAUCAAAUAAAUUCUAAAAUUGAAAUAAUUUCGAAUAAUACUUCAAUCUAUAGAUAGGAUAAAUAUUAUGAUAAAUAUUAAAAAGACAUCAAGUUGUUACUUGAUUAAAGAAAAUAAAUGAUGCAAAACACAAAAAAUGUUUUUAAUUAAACCACGUCUAAUUGUGAAAAUCAAUAAAACGCAUUUGUUUUAAGUUACUAGAUUUAUGGAAGCAUCCCUAUUCUUGUAUAAAACAUAAAUUCAAAAAAUUUUAAGGAUUUUGAAAAUUUUGAUUAUAAUAAACAAUUAAAAGAUUUAGAAGAAUAUUGGAAGAAGAAAAUAGAUGCAGUUUUUAAAGUUGAGACACUUAAACUGAUUAAUGAAGAGUUUGUGUAAAUCAAUUAAUUUCUCAAGUUUGAAAUUUCAGAAUAAGAAGAAUUAAUAAUGGUUGAUGAAAUUAAAAAAGAAAUGACGAAAACUUAUGUUUAUAUUACAAAUUACUUUUUCAAUACAAUAUGGAUAUGGCUCAAUAAUAUUCAAUUGUGCUAGCAAUAAUUUGAAAAAUUAAUAUCUCAAAUGUCAAAAGAGCUUGCCAAGGAGAGAGUGAUGUUAAAAAUAAAAUAAAUUAUAUCACUAGUAAUGUAUGAAAUGAUUUGA